AUGUCAUCGAAUACUCACCAAUCAGAAUCACUUAAUAAGAAACAACGACGUAGACAAGCUCGAGCUAAUUUUCAGCAAACACAACCGUCUAAUAAUGAGCAGGAUGAAAUUGACCAAACACAGGAAAUAUCAUCGACUCAUCAUAUCCAUCAAGAGGUCAGUGAUGCAGUCUUGACAACCAAGGCAAUGCAAGAACUUACAUUAGACGCUAAUAAACAAGCAGAGGAUAACGCACCAACAACAUUUCCUGAGUCUGAGAUAAAGCCAAAUGGAGCGAUAGUAUCGGCUAUAAUAGUCGAUACUGAGAAGAACGAUCGUAUAUUUGAUGAGGAAACACCAUCUAGUUCACCUCAUCCAACACCUCCGAUAUUUCGACGUCGAAUGAAACGUAUUCCAAUAACAUCCGCCAUUCCUUUAUUGCCUCCAGUUGAACAAACCACUGGCCCACCACCUAAACCGAUACCCGGCACAAAGGGUAUACUAACAGAAAUCUAUGUUAAUCAUUUUCCUGUUAGAGUAGCAUCUAAUUUGAUGCUUUAUCAAUAUGAUGCGAUCGUAGAAAAACCAAGUUUUCGAUCACUAAGCACUUGGGAUGAAGUACUGAGUCGUGAUCAUCGUCGACGAUUUGUGCAACAAUUAGCUAACAGCAAUGCAUUUGAUUUUAUAUACUGGUAUGAUGAAGGUAAAUGUUUCUAUUCAACAACGAAUCUAAGUCGACACAGGUUUCCAAUAAUUUAUACUCUUCCGUCUGGUCAUCACGAUAAUCUUCGUUUAUGUAUUCUUAAAUUAUCUGGACAAUGGUCAACAUCAACUAUAACUAAUUAUCUUUGUUCGCUUAAUUCUAACGUCCCAUCGAGUGCUAUUCGUAUACUAGAGACUUUACUCAAACAAGCUCUACUACCUGUUACUCAUUGUGAAGGUUCAUUAUUUUAUCGAGAUCAACCUGAACCUAAUGUACGUUUACCAGAUGGUUUUGAAUUACGUUUAGGAUUUUUUCAAGCAUUAUGUUUAACACAAAAAGGAUUAACACUUAAUUUACAAACAACAUUAACGAAAUUUUACCCAUAUAUCGAUAUACUUGAUUUUCUUCAAGAACAUUUAAAAAAAGAUAUUCGAAAAUAUGGUAUGACAAGUAAUGAUUAUGAAAAAGCUAAACAAGUAUUAAAUGGUUGUAAAGUAACUACAAGACAAUCAAAUUAUACACACAUAUAUCAAAUUCGAAGUUUUUCUGAUAUUCCCGAACGACAAGUAUUUGAUUUUACAAAAGAAGUCAAUGUAAAUGGACAAAAAACUCAUUCAACUAUUCAAUAUAAUCUUAUUGAUUAUUAUCGUGAAGAAAAACAAAUUCAACUUCACUAUCCAAGAUUACGCUGUUUACAAUGUUAUUUUUUACAUGAAAGACAUGAUCCAAAACAUUUACCUAUGGAAAUUUGUCGAAUACUUCAAUGGCAAGAAUGUGAACGUGAGUCUGCUAAUGAACAACGUAAUCGCCAAAAUCUUUCAAUUCCAACACCUGAUCAACGUUAUAAAGAUAUAAUGUCAUCACUUCGUUCAUGUAAUUAUCAAUCACCACCAACAUUACCACUUUGUCACGCUGUUCAAUUAACAGUAGAUGAUAGUGAAAUGAAAUUAAUUAAGGCUCGUAUUCUUCCUCCGCCAGUUAUUAAUAAUAAUCAUGCUGAAAUAACAAUGGGUCGUAUAAAUUUAAAAGGAAAAUUUGUUGAUCCAUAUCAACUGAAAUCCAUUGCAUUUGUAUAUUUUGGUCCACCACCGCCACCGUUAUCUGCACAAAGAAAAACAUUAAUGGAAAAAUUUGUUGAAUCAUUUAACAAAAUGGCUAGAAUAUUUCGUUUAGGACCAAUUCCAACAGUUCAGAGAGACAUUGUUUGGAUAUCCGAGAAUGAACAAGAUCGUGAACAAAAUUUAAAUUCUAUUGAAAAAUGCUUUCAUACAAGAAAAAAACAAAGCUGUCAAUUACUUAUUUGUAUUAUGGAUACUUGUUGGAAUGAGUUACGACCUAGUAUUAAAUUAAAUGGAACAGUUAAAUAUGGUAUAGUAACUCAAUGUUUAUUAUAUUCAAAACUUCAAGAACAAAUGGAAAAAUUUCAACGUACACAACGUGGUCAUCCUGAUCGUAUAUUAGAUAAUAUGUGUGAAAAUUUAUUAAGAAAAAUCAAUUUUAAAAUGCAAGGUAUUAAUACAACAGUUCAUUUACCAAUUCACACAGCUAAUGGUACCACUGCAUCAGCAACAUCAAAAACUGAAGAUGCAUGGCAAUUUAUGGGUGCUGAUGUUAUUCAUCCUGUAUGUCGACAAGAUAAACCAUCCAUUGCAGCUGUUGUUGGUUCAGGUGAUGCAGUAUGUUCAACAAGUGCUGUUCGAGUAUGUAAACAAUGGCCAAAAAAUGGAAAAUGUGCUAUUGAAGCUAUUGUUGAUUUAAAACAAAUGGUUACUGAAUUAUUAGAAUAUUAUCGAGAGGGAAAUGGUCGAUUACCAAAUAAAAUUGUUUUUUAUAGAGAUGGAGUUGAUGAUGGACAAUUCGCACGUGUUCUUAAUUUUGAAAUUCCACAAAUAAAGCAAGCUUUUCAAGAUGUUUAUGAAAACGAACCACAUCCAUCAUUAACUUUUAUUGUUGUUAAAAAACGUCAUCAUACACGAUUUUUCGUACUUGAUCAUAAUAAUAAAACAGCUAAUAUUCCUCCUGGACUUGUUGUUGAUACAGAUGUUGUACAUCCUGAUCAAUUUAGUUUUUUUCUUAAUUCUCAUAAAGCCCUUCAAGGUACAAAUCGUCCAGCACUUUAUCAUGUUCUUUAUGAUGAAAUAAAAUUUACUGCUGACGAAUUACAAUUAUUAACUUAUUAUUUAUGUUUUACUGAUCCACGUUCAUCAACUAGUGAAGCUAUUCCAUCACUUGUUCAUCAAGCUGAUUUAGCAGCAAGUAAUGCACGAGAUCUUUUUCCUGAAAAAGAUACUUCGACAAAUGAUGGCUAUGCAGUUGAUGCCCUUGAAGAACCAUCACUUAAUGAUGUUGUCACAGAACAUUUAAGUGUACAUGAAAAUAUGCGUGAUACACCUCAUUUUGGAUAA